UCUCAACACACUAGAGAUCAAAAACAAAAAAAACCAAGAGGAUAAAGCAGAAUCCGACAAAGGAAUAUGAAAAAAUUAUUGUUUCUUCUGUCGUCUAGAUUCUCCGACCGGCCCUCUAAAUUUCGCGCUACCAAUUUUCGGCUGUUCUGUGAUCGUCCACAUUCUUCCUUCUCCAGGCGUCCUGGGCCGGUUACUUAUUACAAGAGUCUCGUAAAUCAAGGGAAGUUGAAACAUGAUCCUUACCAAGAAAAGGUUGCUUUUGAACUGGACAAUUUGCUUGGAAGACUGGACCAAUACGAGAAAGAUAUGGAGGAAUACCAUACGAAGCUUGCUAAAUGGGAAGAGAGUCGGGAAAAUGAGAGAAGACGGCUUUUGAUGAAGGAAGCCAAUGCAAAACAGCAGGGAGAUGCUUCUUCUAUAAACAAGCGUCGGAAUUUUAUCCAAACAUGGAUGUCAUCACACAAAAAAGUCGAUGGUGCUGAACAAGGCGUAGGAAAAUGGGUGUCGUAUCUCAACAGAGAAAAGAAACUAGAUUCUAUGGUGGGCCAGCGUCCGGUUGCUCCCCCAGCUCCUAAAGGACUAUACAUUUACGGAAAUGUCGGAAGUGGAAAGACAAUGCUCAUGGAUAUGUUUUAUAGUGCCACAGAAGGAAUUGUUCAACAUCGAAGAAGGCUUCAUUUUCACGAGGCUAUGCUUCAAAUACACGAUCUGAUGCAUAAAGUGUGGAAGAAUAAAGAAAUGGAAAAUUCUCUUCAGUCCAGCAUUUCGAACUGGGUUAAGCAUCUUCCGUUUGAUACGAGAGUUAAGGAAUGGCUAGUUGAAGAAGAAAGAUAUAAGCAAGAGAUGAAGAUUAAGAAUAUUCUUCCAGCUGUUGCAGACAAAUUUCUUGUCGAUGGACAAGGGCGUCGAACAGGAGCUAGUAUUCUUUGCUUUGAUGAAAUUCAGACAGUUGAUGUAUUUGCUAUAGUGGCAUUAUCGGGAAUUUUAAGCAGAUUAUUGAGCACUGGAACUGUUCUUGUGGCUACUAGUAAUCGUGCACCGAAUGAAUUAAAUCAGGAUGGGAUGCAAAAGGAGAUAUUCCAACAGUUCCUCACGAAAUUGGAGGAGCACUGUGAAAAUGUUCCGAUUGGAAGUGAAAUUGAUUACCGUCGUCAAAUAGCAAAGAGUUCAAUUGAUCAGAGUCAUUACUUUUGGCCUCUCGAUAGCACCGUAAUAAAGGAAUAUGAAGAUACAUGGAACAAAAUUGUGGAACAUUCCGGAGGGAAGGUCACUUCUCAGACUCUUCCGGUUAUGUUUGGAAGAACAUUGGAAGUCUUCGAGAGCUGCAAUGGGGUGGCGAGGUUCACGUUUGAAUAUCUAUGUGGUCAGCCAAUUGGAGCAGCCGAUUAUAUUGCCGUUGCUAAAACUUAUCACACGGUCUUCAUAACAGAUAUUCCUGUUAUGAGUAUGCGUAUUCGAGACAAGGCAAGAAGAUUUAUUACGCUGGUCGACGAAUUGUACAAUCACCACUGCAGUCUGUACUGUUGUGCUGCUGCUCCUAUUGACGAUUUAUUUCAAGGAACCGAAGAGGGAACAUUGUUUGAUUUAGAGAGCUUCCAGUUCGAGACAGAAACAGAAGACACUAAGCUCAGACGGGAUGUUUUGGCAGAAGCCAACACGACGACUAGUUCUCGAGAAAACACCACAGGAAUUAUUUCCCUUCUUUCUGGUCAAGAGGAAAUGUUUGCUUUUCAAAGAGCUGUUUCUCGGUUAAUUGAAAUGCAGACGUCGUUUUACCUUGAAGGGGUUCGUCAAAUUCAUCCUUAUUUCCAGGAAAAGCAAAGUGCUGGUUCAUUUGAGAUUAAAGUAACUGGCUAACACCAUUCUUUCUUAGGGUAAUUUGUUGUUGGGAGAUUAGAGAAUGUAGUUCUCUGCAUAAAGGACAAAAAUCAAUUUACUUUAAUAAUUUAUCAUUACUCAAAGGUUAUUUGGUAUACACAUUGCAGAUUGAUAUAAGAUAAUUGAAACAAAGUGUUCCUAAAACCAUUGUUGUUGUGUAUGGUUGAAA